CGUGAAAAACGUGCCAAAGAUGAUUUCUGGUCCGUUUGUUGAUAGUUUUGGAAAGCUCGAUUUCGGCCAGUUUUGUUGGAAGCCUGAUUAAAGCAUGGCGGGUUCUUUUAGAACGAUAUUGAUUUUCGGAGAAAUUGCACCUUGAACGUUCACUCAGAAAUACAAAGUUUUCAAAGACCAAAGACGAGAUUUAUAAUUUUUUUUUUGUUAUGUAACAUAGUCGAAUAGCAUUACAAUAAUCAAAAGAAAUUCUUCAAUAAUCAGCACUACCAACAACCUACUGUUUUUAGAAAUAAGAACGCACCUGCACGAUUGUUGGUCAAGGAGGUUAGGUGCGUCCUAACCUUUUAUAGCAGACUGCUUACUUUAUUGACAGGUGACAUGUGACAGAAGUAUACAAUAACAAAUUUUUGUUUUUAUUUUACGUAUAACUCGUUCCUGUGUCAUAUACAGUUCCCUGUUCAGCAUAUUUAGGUCACCAAAAACUUACGAAUUAAGAAAUAUUUCUUUUAUAUUCUGAAUAACAGCAUUCUAAUUUAUAAAAAAUAUGGAAGGCAAUUCAGAAGAAGCUGUUUCUACGCAAAAGUCACUGUUAGCAAGCCACGAUCCAGGAUGGAACGAUCCUCCAAGCUGGGCAUUUACAGGAUCGCCAAAACCUGCCACUGCUACACCCACAAAGAGAAAUUUGUUAAAUAAGAGGGUAGCUUUUCCAUUGAAUUCCAAGCCUGAAUCGACUACUUCAACUACAAGUAACUUGAAUAUGCCUCCUAUGGGAAAUAUACCACCACCUGUGGAUAUAGGUGGUUUAACAAGUGCGCCUCACAAACCUAUGGUUGAGCCAACAGGAGCAAACAGUCUGGACACAUCUUCAGAAAUAGAAAUAAAUAAGGAAAGUGCAUUGAAAGAUACUCUCGAUAACUUAAAAUGCUCAUUGGAACGAUUAGACUCUGGGAAAGCUGAAGAAAUAAAGAAGAGAUUAGAAAGGAUGGAAACCAUGUGGAACGAAGACAAACUGAAUAGCGCUAUCCACAAAAAACUUUCAGACAUUUCCAAUGCUCUGAAAGAAGAAGAUGUAGAGAAAGCAGACCAAAUCCACAUAUCCCUCAUGAUGAACUAUGCUACGCUUUGCAGCUCCUGGAUACCCGGGAUCAGACAACUCAUUACAGAGAUAAAGAGCAAAAAGAUAUGAUACAAAUUUCAUCCAGUAUUUUGUUUUAAAAACAUUGUGAUUUUAAUUUUAAAGACAAGUACAAGUUUCCACAAGAAUAUAAUGAGCGAUAAAAGAAUUCAUAUGUAAUAUGCAUUUUUUAAUAUUAAUUUGAAUGGAUUAUAUGUGAUUUGAUAAUUUUUGUAAAAAGUCUGUGAAAUAUAUCUUGUUGAUAUAGAUACAUAGAAA